CUCACAUCAUCUCUCUCCGCUCUCCGCUCUCCACUCUCGCUCACGACCGUCACUCGCUCUUCCGUCCCUGCAUCGGCCCACGACUCGCUGCACGCCCGCACCGCCAUGCUAUAGCGCCCACACCACACCACCACCAUGGCAGACCAGUACAUCAGCUUCUCGGGCCUGCCCGCCUGCGCCCAGCAAUGCGCCGUCCUGACGAGCGCGCGAGCCGGCUGCGUGCCCACGGCCGCCGCCGUGACCAACCAGGCCACGUACAACAGCUGCUUCUGCCAGAGCGACUUCCUGGCGCCCUUGAAGGCCGCCGGCGCCGUCUGCGCCGACGUCUGCACCGCCACGGCCGACCAGACUGCCAUCCAGACGUGGUACGCCAGCUUCUGCGCCAAUGGCGGCACCAACAACAACAACAACAACAACAACAACAACAACAACGGACAAACCACCACGCUCACGACUAGCGACACGGCCGCCACGACGUCGGACGCGGACGCCGGCGCUAGCACAGCCGGAACCUCGUCCGGGAAAGGCAGCACCUCCACCACCACCCACCACCACCACCAGAGUUGGAUCGCAACGCACUACCAAUGGGUCAUCUUCCUGAUCGUCGUCUUCGGCUCCAUGAUCCUCAUCUCCAUCCUCGGCGUGUGGUACAAGCGCCGCCGCCGCGCGCGCCGCGACCUCCUCGGCGCCAACCUCGCCGCGCACGGCGACGCGCCCGUGUCGGCCGUCCCACCGCCCUUUCUCCCGCCCCCCAUGGCCCAGGCCCACGCCAGCAGCACGCUGAACUCGACCGUCGACCUGUCUUCCGGCGGCGGAGGCGGCGCUGCAGAAGCAGGAGCCGCAGGAUCAGGAGCAGCCGUAGCAGACAACGGCCCCUCCUCCGGCCGCGGAAACCCAAUGCGCCCGCGCCGCCGCAGCAACACGCUCACGCCGCGCCAGAGCAACACGGACCUGACGGGCACGACGGCAGGCGCAGGCGCGGCAAGCACGCCCAGAGCCAAGGGCCGCGUGACGGAGAUGACGGGGGCGGAGGCGGGGGGGUCGAGCGCCAGCCUAGGCACGGGUGCGGGUAUGGGCGCGGCCGACGGCUGGGGCGGCCUGGCGCAGGAGCGCAGCGCGACGGCGUCGCCUGUGUCUGCGUCGGCGUCGGCGGACGGGAAGGUGCGGCGGAAACUGAGCAAGCGGCAGGGUUGACGGGGGUGCGUGUGGUUGCGCGUGUGUGCGCAUGGGGCCUGAUGAGUGGGUUUGGGAGUCCGGGUUAUGGCGUUUGGUAUGUAUGGCGCGGUAUGGUGCGGUAUGGUAUAUGGUACCGUCAUCUUUUUCUUUUUUCCUUUUUCUUUUUCGACGCGGGGAGGGAGGUGGUUUGAAGGGAGAGCGCAUGAUGUGUGUGUCGGUGCUGUCGAGACGAGACGAGACGAGUCCAGUCAAGUCAAGUCCAGGCGAGGAAGGGAAGGGCAGGAAGGGCAG